AAAAUGCCCUUCUUCCUCCCUCUUCUCUUCCUCACCAUUGUCUCCUCCGCCGCUGCCUGUGAUCGUUGUCUUCAUCAGGCCAAAGCCGCCUUCUACCAGGUCGAGUCCGACGGUGAACUUAGAGGCGCCUGUGGCUAUGGCAAUCUCACCUCGGAGCUCUCAAAUGGCCACUUCUCCGCUAUCACGGCUACUCUUUACGGCCACGGCGCUGGCUGUGGCGCCUGCUUUCAAGUAAGGUGUAAAAAUGAGGCACUUUGCAACAAAGAAGGCACCAAGAUUGUUGUGACGGAUGGCAAUGAGAGCUCUCAAACUGACCUUGUAAUUAGCAAGAAGGCUUUUGGUGAAAUGGCUUUGAGUGGCAAAGAGGAAUUGCUUAUUAUUGAAGGAGUUGUGGACGUUGAAUUCAAAAGGGUUCCUUGUGAGUACAAAAACAAGAACUUGAUGGUUAGAGUGGAAGAGAUGAGCAAACCUCCCACUUAUUUAGCCAUGAAAUUGCUUUACCAAGGUGGCCAAACCGAAAUAGUAGGCAUAGAUAUAGCUAAGGUGGGUGAAUCGAAUUGGGGUAUGAUGGCUCGGAACUAUGGAGCUGUUUGGGACACGAAGCAUCCCGUAUCGGAAGGACCGUUGCAAUUGCGAUUUGUGGUGACUUCUGGAUUUGAUGGGAAGUGGAUAUGGUCGAAGUACGUGUUUCCUGCUGAUUGGAGACCUGGGCAGGUUUACGAUACUGGAGUUCAAAUGGAUGACGUGGGAAAAGAGAAUUGUCCAGAUGACCAGUGUGCUGAUAAGCAUUGGGCGGGAGUAGGUGCUUGAUUGCUCCAACAAAUAUAUGUUUUAUAGCUAGAAAUAAACACAUGCAUUGACUUGUGAAAUUUCGUUUUACCCUUACAUUAAGAAGAAACAAUAAAUGUCCAAAAUUUAUGUCGGUUGCUUUU